UCCCAGGAGGGGGCGAUCCUUCGACUCCACCAACACCGCCGGCUUCGAAGAGAAUCAGCUCAACAAUGAGCUCCACAAAUCAAACUACACUAUGAACGAAGACAAUAAAGAGAACAAAGACAAUUUGACCGAAAGGGGCAGAGCUGUUGUCAUCUUUUCUUUAAAGAAUGAAGUCGGAGGACUUGUCAAAGCCCUAAAACUCUUUCAGGAGAAACACGUGAACCUGGUACACAUAGAAUCUCGAAAAUCCAGAAGAAGAAAUUCAGAGUUUGAGAUCUUUGUAGACUGUGACAGUAACAGGGAACAGCUGGACGAGAUCUUCCAUCUGUUGAAAUCCCAUGUCAGUGUUGUAUCUAUGAACCCAAGUGAUGAUUUCACUGUACAGGAAGAUGACAUGGAAAAUGUCCCCUGGUUCCCUAAGAAGGUUUCCGAUCUGGAUAAAUGUGCAAACCGUGUUUUGAUGUAUGGAUGUGAACUGGACGCUGAUCAUCCAGGUUUCAAAGACAAUGUUUAUCGCAAGAGGCGGAAGUAUUUUGCAGACCUGGCUAUGAAUUAUAAACAUGGUGACCCAAUUCCAAAAGUUCAGUUCACUGAAGAGGAGACCAGCACUUGGGGCACUGUGUUCAGAGAGCUCCAAAAGCUUUACCCAACCCAUGCCUGCAAAGAGUAUCUUAAAAACCUACCUCUGCUAACUAACUACUGUGGGUACCGAGAAGAUAACAUACCCCAGCUGGAGGAUGUAUCAUGUUUUCUAAAAGAACGCACUGGUUUUACCAUCCGUCCUGUUGCUGGAUAUCUGUCACCCAGAGAUUUCUUGGCAGGCUUAGCAUUCAGAGUAUUUCACUGCACUCAGUAUGUUAGGCACAGUUCGGAACCUCUUUACACACCAGAACCUGAUACCUGUCACGAACUUCUGGGCCACGUCCCUCUUCUGGCUGAACCCAGCUUCGCACAAUUCUCUCAGGAAAUUGGCUUGGCGUCACUUGGAGCAUCUGAUGAAGCUGUUCAGAAGCUGGCAACUUGUUACUUUUUCACGGUGGAGUUUGGCCUGUGUAAACAAGAAGGCCAGCUAAGAGCUUAUGGGGCUGGCUUACUCUCGUCGAUCAGUGAACUAAAGCAUGCCCUCUCUGGAAAUGCCAAAGUCAAGCCCUUUGACCCCAGUGUCACCUGCAAACAGGAAUGCAUGAUCACUACAUUCCAGGAUGUUUACUUUUCUUCUGAAAGCUUUGAAGACGCAAAAGAAAAGAUGAGAGAGUUUGCAAAGACAAUCAAGCGCCCCUUUGGAGUGAGCUACAACCCAUAUACUCAAAGUGUGCAGAUCCUGAAAGACACAAGGAGCAUCGCUACUGUGGUGAAUGAACUGCGGCACGAAUUGGACAUUGUCAGUGACGCCCUCAACAAGAUGGGCACGCACCUGGGAAUCUAACCUAUCCAAACGCCAUCAUCUAUGUUGCACUCAGUGAC